AUGAACAAAAUGAAUGAAUUGUCUGAUCAAUUUUCCCAGAACUUCAAAUGUGAUAUGGCUCUGCUCGGACAGAGGGUUAUAAGAGCACCUCAGAUUUUAAAGGACAAAUUAGAAAUCGGGUACCAAUUUAAAGAUAAGGGUUUUGAUGAUAUACAGGACACUUUUAACCAAAUACAUGAUUCGGUAGUGUCUCUAAAUGCCGAGUCUGAGAAGUUUUCAUCCCAGAUUACAAACUUAUUAGGCCACACGCACAACUUGAAUAAAGGUUUUCAUGAAGUAAUUACGAAGGGUAUGCGGGAAAAUAUGCAAUUAACUUCACCUUUGACUCCUACUAGUGGUAUUGUAUCUCCUAUUAUUAAUAAGGAUUAUCCUUCAGCUUUACCAGAUGUUUCUACUAGGAAGUUUAACUUUACUAAAUAUGUGGAUCGGUUCAAAAAGGCUAUUAUUAAAAUUAAAUCUGAUCAAAAGCAGUUUCAAACUCGAGUCAUACAACCAUUGCAGCAGAUUAAGGAAAUGGGUCUUCGGAUUCAGAAGCCCCUAGAAGAAAGAAAGAAUCUCAUUUUAGAUAUCAAUUCAUACAGCAGUAAGGUAGAACGGUAUAACCAGCGAGUUCAAACUAACGAGUUAACCCUAAAGGGUGAACAAAAACGUAUGAAAUAUGACAAAAAAUUGGAAGAAGUAAAAUUCAAAUAUGAAGCACUUAACGCCAUCCUCAAAGUUGAGCUACAGGUGUUUUUCAACCUCUUUCGUGAAUUUAUGUUGGCAUGGUUCCCGCUUUAUCUUUAUCUAACCUAUUCUAUCUACUACAACCUUUAUCAGUUCUUGGGAAACUGCCCUGAAGUUAGAAAACUAUUGGAGAAAAGUGGAUUUUCAAGCCUGGCUCCAGUCUCUUCAGUUGUAAACACAUCUAGAAAUCUAGUCGAGGACUUCCAUGAUUCAUUUGACGGUGUUUUAGAACAACUCGAAAGCCUUACAGUCAUUAACUUCAAAAAGUUAUGCCUUCUGGUUUAUGCUAGUUCGGCGGAUGCUAAUGAUGAUAGUUCAAACUCGAACUCUCUCCAGAAGGCAGUUCCAACAAUGUAUGCUACAGUUUUAUAUGAUUACGAACCCCAAUUCAAUGAUCCUCAAUAUUUGAGCAUAAAAAAGGGAGAUACAAUUCAAAUAAUAACUCAAUCCAAGAAUGGAUGGUGGUAUGGUGAUCUCCUACGUACCAAGACAAAAGGGUUAUUUCCACAAAGCUAUGUUCAAGUCCAGGAUUAUAGUAUUUAG